GGCCGGUUGUUGAGAAGGGUUGCUAAAAGAGAAAGGAUAUCGACUCGUAAUUAGUGUUUAUACCUUGGGACUUUCGUUUGAUUGGUGUGGAUUUUGUACCUACUUGAGAAGUUCCCCCAUUGUGGGUGUCCCCUCGACGUGAAUGGGGGAGUAGAGUCCUGCCUCGUCUCGUGAUGAGUAGCCAUCCUGUUGUCAAGCUGGGCCCUGUCUCAUCUAUCUCAUCCUUCUACGAGCUAUCGGCGCCUCUCAUCGACGGGCGAGUGGACCAGUUUAAAGGAUUUGAGGGACGACUGACUUUGGUCGUGAACAUCGCGACGGCCGACUUUAACACAAGGAACGAACUUAAGCAGCUGAAUGAACUGCUGUCAACAUACUCCUCCAAAGGCCUCAACGUCUUCGCCUUCCCAUGUAACCAGUUCGACGGCGAGCCGUAUGAAAACGAUGAAAUAUUACCCAUCAUGCACUACGUCCGUCCCGGGGGAAAGUUUGAGCCUCGUUUUAAACUCUUUGCCAAAUGCGACGUUAAUGGGCUGAAGGCUGCACCUGUGUUUGAGUACCUGAGGAUGAAACUGCCUCGACCUGACAAUGAUGAUGACGUCAUAAUACCACGUGAAAAACCUGUGCCAUGGACUCCUGUGAAACGUCAGGACAUUGGCUGGAACUACGAGAAGUUUUUAAUCAAUUAUGACGGCCAGCCUGUCAGACGGUAUACCCACAAGGCUGAUAUAGAGCUACUUAAAAAGGAUAUUGAAACUUUCCAGAGGAAAAUACCACGGACAGUCAAAGAACAACACGGGUUGCAUUGAACGACCUUGACCUUAUAGUAUUAAAUGUCGCAACACAACGACUACUUCUCUGAGACUUAAGUGACCCCUCAGCCUCGUUUGAGAACUUGAUCGUAGGGAUACGACUACCGUAAGUCGGCUUGAAAGUUAUUUACGACAGUCGUAACCUAAUCGUAGUGUCUCCAAGUGCAUGUCAAAGUAUGCAAAUGACCCAAAGACAUCCGUCCAUUGUCACUUGUCAGGGUGACUGACUUCCACAUAACUAAAUUAUUUUUGUAUUCUUGUUUUAUUCACAGUGAAGUAAACUGCAUAAAAAAAAAAGAAAACUCAGUUUCGGUGAAUACUGGCUUCUGUCAAUUUGCCAUGGAGGAAGCUUGGGAGGGAGAGGAGGAGUGGGGUUGGGGGCGGGGAGGAGAAGGGGCGCGUCGAAUUUUUGCUUUGCAAGAACGGGAUGCGAGUAGAAAUAAUAUGCAAAGAACGUGUUUUGGUCAAACAUUGUCUCAGAAUCACACAUUUACUCGGGGACUUCUUCGAAGGGGCACUAUGCAGCAAGGCGGUUUCCAGAAGAAAUGGAUGGAGCUGACAAACCAGAGGUGAUAGGGUCAGCAUCGAACCACAACCAUGCAAUAAUUCCACACACAAGCAAUCUAAGAUGUUAUGUUGUUAUGUGUUGUUCAACAAAGAGAACAGUGUUUGUUGAGUGAAAGUGGAACUUGAUAAUUCGAAAAUGGUCCUAUAUAUGUGAUAUUGUCAAAUACAGUAUUAGCCUGUCUGUUGUCACUGUUGAUGCACAUAAUACAUCAUGAAUGGUUUCCGUGUCUUAGAAGCUGUGUAAAUUAUGUUAAUAAAAGUUUCUCACAAUAA